GCAGUUCCUGUAAUCUGGAAACGCGGAUGUGUUUUGGUCCUUGGUGUGAUUGUUCUCCCAGUCCCACAUGCUGAAUCCAAAAAUGGCUGUAUCACUGAUAUGCAAUAACACACAGAGCAGAGUGAGCUCAGUCUUGAACCGAGAUGUCAAACAGUUUGGGAAGAAGUACAUGUUUGAUUCUAACGAAGAGACAUGCUGGAAUUCAGAUCAGGGCGAUUCUCAAUGGGUCUUACUGGAAUUCCCUCAUAGUGUGCGGGUGACCGAGGUAAAAGUACAGUUUCAGGGUGGAUUUUCAGGGAGGACGUGCAGAUUACAAGGUUGCCUACAGGAGAACGACUUUGCUCAGAUCACAGACUUUUAUCCAGAGGAUGACAACUCACUACAAAGCUUUCCCAUUCAGGAGGCCCCCCCAGUGCACAAGAUAAAAAUAGUAUUUGAAAACAGUGCUGACUUUUUUGGAAGAAUAAUUAUUUACUCUUUGGAUAUCCUGGGAGAAAGAAUGCAAUGAUUUUUUAAGGAAGAGAAGUACUACAGUAAAAUAACAACACUGAUUUUUUUUUACCCCAACGAAAGUUCUUUGCCGUAUCUACAGCAUGAAAAAAAAAACAAUGCUAGAAACUGUUAUGGUAAAAUAAUCACCCAUCAAGAGUGCCUUUAUUAUUUAAAGAAAAAUGUACACAUCUUUUUCACCUCCAAGGCCAACUUUAAAACCAAGCUGAUCAUAGAAAAAUAAAAUAAACACAAGUUUUGUAUUUUG